CACCUUCACUGGCAACCUCAAACCCAACUCGUCCGGAGUUUGUCUACCAUCGUCAUGCUCAGGGUGUUCAUACUUCUUACACUUUUCUCUGUUGCUACAAUUCAUGCCAGAAAUUUGCCAGACGAUGAGUAUAUGAGAAAGACCAGUGCAGGCAGUACUGAGCUUAAACUGUUUACGGGCAGCCGUCCAACUUCAGUACGAGAAAACCUGUGCAAGUGGCUUAUUGCUAUAACGAAUAGCAUGUUGGUGAAAAUUUGCGAUCAUCACAAGAACAUGGGACCGGUUGGGAGACCGUCGAGGCCGCCGCCGCCGCCCCCGAGGCCGCCGCCGGGAUCCCGUCCGGUUGCAUAUAUUCAGAUGCACUCACCAGGAACAGCCUCUGAAGUCAUCGUAAUUAAUCAAAUCCUGAAUUAAUCUGCUAGCUUAAAACUUGCUUCUAGCUAGCAGCUUAAUUUAAUCUCCUUUUCUACUAGCAGCUUUGUAUUGGUAUGUUAGGUUGCAAUAUUGUGUGCGAGUAUUUUUAUGUGGGGUAAUUAAGGUAUUUGUGUGUACGUACUGCUCCUAAUGUUAAUUUGUUCAAGUGAUCCAUAUAUAUGUUAUGUUUUCUUAA